UUACUUGCUCUAUCAAUGUUCGCCACCUUUUCCAUAUCCGUAAAUGCUGGUCCACUGGAUUACAUAUAUCCUGCCAAUCCUGCCAUCAAAUUGGAGGAGCCAAAUGACAGCGAACGCGAGGAAAUCGGUGUUGGCAUGAAUCCCGAUACACCGGAAGAACAACUAGCUAAAAUGGAUAUGCACACAAUGCACGAUGAGAAGUCCACUACAGAGAGAGUAACGAUGUAUACAGCGGACCAGGAUGGCUAUACGCCACGCUAUAUGUUUAAGAAUCGUAAAUUAGGCGAGAAACUUUUAAUGUCUACGGUGGGUUAAACAAAGAAGUACAGAAAAAGUUGCUCUCCCAAAAUUGUAUAGAUAAAGUGUCCAUAUUUGUAAUUCUUGUAGUUUUUCCACAAAUAUGAAAAUUGUAUUCAUUAUAAAUGUGAUUACUUUUA